GUGGGGAGGGGGCACAAAGAGUGGGUGUCCUACACUGCUGGGUAGGGGUUUGUUUGGCUAUUGGUAGCUGGUCUUGAUUUGGAACAGAAGCAAAAAGCAGGAAAGCAGGCUGACGUCUGCUUGGAAACUGCAGUUUGGCUGCUCUCGCUGCACAGAGGAGCAAGUGGACCUGAGGCAAGGAGGUCCAACGUGAGAUGUCUGUCUCGGUGUGGCCGCCGCUGCUGCUGCUGCUGCUGCUGCUGCUGCUCUGGGCUGUACCCACAUUCCAGGAUAAGAACACAAGGGUUUCAGCCUACAAGGGGAUCGGAGAGAUGUGUCGAAACAAUUCUGAGUGUCAGAGCGACUGCUGUGUCACCAACAGCUUGAACCCACAGAAAUUCUGCACCUCCCAGACCGUGUUUUUGGAAUGUGUGCCCUGGAGGAAGCCAAAUGGGUUCCUCUGUGAAGAAAACACAGAAUGCCACAGCAACUGUUGCAUCAGGACUAGCAGCAACCCAGACAGGUUCUGCUCAUCAAAGACCAUCUUCAUGCAGUGUAUAUCUUGGCGCAAGCCCGAAGGAGCCAUAUGCCAACACCACCUUGAAUGCUGGGACCUGUGCUGCCUCCCACUGAGCGAGAACAGCCCUUCUUCCCACUGCACAAAGCGCACCGGGCUCCUGGCUCUCUGCCUGCCAGUCUGAAUGAACAAGAUCUUGUGUGAUACAGAACCCAAACUGGACUUCAGAGACCAGAAAGUGCUUUGCUCACAUCCAGACUGUUCCCUUAUUUGGGUUCUGAAAAUCUGUAGGAAUUAGAGCUCUCUGUCGCUUGCUGUUAAUGUGAAUUCCAUGAGUCCCACACAUGAAGCAUCUGGGGGAAAAAAAUCACAGGAUUGCUGCUGAGUUACUGCACGUAAAUAAAAACUCCUGGUUUACAAGGA